GGCAGCUCGGCGGGGCCAACAUGGCGCCCUCCACUUGCUGACGGUUGAAGCGAGAUUGUGCUAGAACUCAUGGAGAAGGCCCAGGGCGUGGAGGAGACCCCGAACCCCGAACCAAUGCAGGAGGAAGAGGAGGACGAUGACUUGGAGCUCUUCGGCGGGUACGACAGUUUCCGGAGCUGCAAUAGCAGCGCCGGCAGCGAGAGCAGCUCUUACCUGGAAGAGUCAAGUGAGCCGGAAACUGAGGAUCGCGAGGCAGGGGAGCUGCCCACCUCCCCCCUGCAUCUGCUCAGCCCUGGGACGCCCCGCUCCUUGGAUGGCAGUGGUUCAGAGCCAGCCGUGUGCGAGAUGUGCGGGAUCGUGGGCACGCGGGAAGCCUUCUUCUCCAAGACCAAGCGAUUCUGCAGCGUCUCCUGCUCCAGAAGCUACUCCUCCAACUCCAAGAAGGCCAGCAUCUUGGCGCGGCUGCAGGGAAAGCCCCCCACCAAGAAGGCCAAAGUCCUGCACAAGGCCGCCUGGUCGGCCAAGAUCGGCGCUUUCCUCCACUCUCAGGGGACGGGCCAGCUGGCGGACGGCACGCCCACGGGCCAGGACGCACUGGUCUUGGGUUUCGACUGGGGGAAGUUCCUGAAGGACCACAGCUACAAGGCCGCUCCCGUCAGCUGCUUCAAACACGUGCCCCUGUACGACCAGUGGGAGGACGUGCUGAAGGGCAUGAAGGUGGAGGUGCUCAACAGCGACGCCGUGCUGCCCAGCCGCGUGUACUGGAUUGCGUCCGUCAUCCAGGCCGCAGGGUACCGGGUGCUGCUGCGGUACGAGGGCUUUGAGAAUGACGCCAGUCACGACUUCUGGUGCAACCUGGGCACCGUGGACGUCCACCCCAUCGGCUGGUGUGCCAUCAACAGCAAGAUCCUGGUGCCACCCAGGACCAUCCACGCCAAGUUCACGGACUGGAAGGGCUACCUCAUGAAACGCUUGGUGGGCGCCAGGACGCUCCCCGUGGAUUUCCACAUCAAGAUGGUGGAGAGCAUGAAGUACCCCUUCCGCCAGGGCAUGCGGCUGGAAGUGGUGGACAAGGGCCAGGUGUCCCGGACCCGCAUGGCCGUGGUGGACACGGUCAUUGGGGGUCGCCUGCGGCUCCUGUAUGAGGAUGGGGACAGUGACGACGACUUCUGGUGCCACAUGUGGAGCCCCCUGAUCCACCCAGUGGGGUGGUCCCGCCGUGUCGGCCACGGCAUCCGGCUGUCGGAGAGGCGCAGCGACAUGGCACAGCACCCCACCUUCCGCAAGAUCUACUGCGACGCCGUGCCCUACCUGUUCAAGAAGGUCCGAGCUGUCUACACCGAGGGCGGCUGGUUUGAGGAGGGCAUGAAGCUGGAGGCCAUCGACCCCCUGAAUCUGGGCAACAUCUGUGUGGCCACCAUCUGCAAGGUGCUGCUGGACGGUUACCUGAUGAUCUCCGUGGACGGGGCCACUUCGGACGGCGCCGACUGGUUCUGCUACCACGCGUCGUCCCACGCCAUCUUCCCAGCCACCUUCUGCCAGAAGAACGACAUUGAGCUCACGCCCCCCAAAGGCUACGAAGGCGGCACCUUCAACUGGGAGACGUACCUGGAGAAAACCAAGGCCAGGGCCGCCCCCUCGAGGCUCUUCAACAUGGACUGCCCGAACCACGGCUUCAAGGUGGGCAUGAAGCUAGAGGCGGUGGACCUGAUGGAGCCCCGGCUCAUCUGCGUGGCCACGGUCCGGCGCGUGGUGCACCGGCUGCUCAGCAUCCACUUCGAUGGCUGGGACAGCGAGUACGACCAGUGGGUGGACUGCGAGUCCCCCGACAUCUACCCCGUGGGCUGGUGCGAGCUCACCGGCUACCAGCUGCAGCCGCCCGUGGCCACAGGUGUCCCGUGUCCGGGAGGCUCGUGGGGGGCAGGCCGGGCUGGCGCCCUCUCGCACCCUCCUCACCCCCGCCCCGGCCUUCCCGCCACAGAGCCGUCCGCGCCUCUGAAGGCCAAGGAGGCCGCAAAGAAGAGAAAGAAACAGUUUGGGAAGAAGAGGAAGAGAAUCCCCCCCGCCAAGGCCCGGCCCCUCAGACAAGCCUCCAAGAAGCGGCUGCUGGACGCAGAAAAGGCCGCCGAGUCGGAAGAGAUCAUCACCGUGCGGGUGAAGGAAGAGUAUCCGGAUCCCCCCGACACCCCCGACAGGGCCCCGAGCCCCGAGCUGCCGGUUCCCGUCGAGAGCAUCAAGCAGGAGACGGACAACUGAGCCCGCGGCCGCCUCGCCCUGCGGGGGACCUUGAGGACCGGCCACCACAGGACCACUGCCGCCAAGGCCAGAAGCCCCUAACCUUGCUGGUGACAAGAAUCCCCGAAGCUCUUCGGCGCCCUCCGCUGCCACCGCGUCCCCCGCUGCCCGGUGGGGUCUGUGUCCAGAGCGUGGGGGACCCCCCAACAUGGUGCAGAGCAGGCGGUGAGGACACUUGAGGGUCGGGUGAGCUGCGAGGAGGCCGUGCCGUCGGAGGCAGCUCUGGAGACGCUCCCGGGGCCCAGAGCUGUCCACAGCCCCUGUCCUGUGGCGCUGCCUGUCACCUGACCCAGGCCUUUCGGGGGCCUGGCUGCUCCUCUCGGGCGGGACCCUGCUGUUCGGUGCUGCCCCGGAGAUGGGGGAGCAGUUCAAGGGAGGCUGUUUCCGGUCGGCCCAGCGCCACGGAAAAUGCAGGGAGACCCCAGCCCCGUUCACUGUGACACGUGUGUGAAGCGGUGCAGACCAGAAUCGGGGCAGGGUCGGGAAGAGGGGCUGUGCUGCCCCCCACCCCACAAGGCUGGAACAGUGCCGGCCCACGUGUUCACGCCCUGCCCUGCAGGACAGGUCUCUGGGGAGGGGAGGGCCCACCCCAGAUGCGGGUUGACAGGAGCAGACCAGGUUGUGGCUGGCGUGGCAGGACCUGUGUUUGGUCCCC